AUGCACUUCUCUACUGCAGUCAUUGCCUCUGUUGCCGCUCUGGCACCUCUUGCCAGCGCCGUUGGUAACGCUGUCGUAACCAAUCAUUGCAACUUCCCAGUCUAUUUGUGGUCCGUUGGUGGCAGUAUUGGCCCCAAGCAAACCAUCCCAGCAGGCGGCAGCUACAGCGAAGCAUUACACCACGAUAGUGCCUCAGGUGGCAUCUCGCUAAAGAUCACCACUGUCGACAACGGUCUGUACAGCGGCAGCCCCCAAACCAACUUUGCCUACACUCUCGACCCUGGUACAGUCUGGUACGAUCUGUCAGAUGUCUUCGGCGACCCUUUCUCCGGCAAGACAAUUGUCGUGCGGCCCACAGACACCACUUGCUCAAAGAUCUGCUGGGCGCAAGGAGUCAACCCUGGUGGUAGCCAGACUAAGAACUGCAAUUCGAAUACUAGCAUCAACCUGAACCUCUGUGCAGCCAAUUGCUAA